AUGGAGUGUGUCUGGGAUGCUGGUCUGUUGCAGCGCGCUGCAGAGCUGCCACCUGAACUUCUGGAGACGAUCCAGCAUGGCAGCAACGAGCAGUACUUGAGCUCCAUCACCAAGGCAUCUCUCGACUCCCGAUACACCUAUCUCAUUCUCGCGCACUGUGAGGACAUCUAUGCACACGUCUGCGCUAGCCUGCGAUACCAUGGCAGCUUCGCAUCAGCAGUCGCCACUCUCGGGCGGAUCGUUCCAGUUGCACCCUGUCUCAAACCCUACGCACACCAGCUCUUGUCUUCCGAGCAGUAUGCGUUCAGCCCUUCCAGAGAUAGCGAGGAAGACCUGUUGUAUCUACUCGGGCUAUUCCGGCUUCUCAGCUCCGACUGGCGCGCGUUCAAGUCAUUCAUCAAGCCCUCGACGAUCUCGCAAUUGCUUGAAAGUCCAAGCAAGCCUGUGGUCUACUUGGCGAUUCGAAUGCUUCAGAUCUAUUUGAGUGGCGCCGACCACUGGUUCCAGCAGAUGGUGAAGCGGUACCUGGGCCAGGACAGUCCUGAGAAUCGCAUCGAAGGCCGGUGGGAUGACAGGAUCAUCGACUACCGUUUUUUGACGCUUUGGGAGGAGGAUCGUCUAUCCAGUGUCAAUCAGCUUGUCAAAGACGUACGUUCUGGCUUUGUGGAAGGCGACAGACGGUCAAAUCGUGUCCUUUCGAGCGACUGCUUUCACCCUUCGUGCAGUUUGGUUGGCGGCACUCUUGUACCAAGAUCUUCCAGCUCUGAAGGAGUUGGCCCCGCCUCAGACGUAAGGCUUGUGCAAACAUCGACCAUCCAGAAGAAUCUUUGCUCAGUCGCGGCCGCUCUGAAGUCUCCUCAACCGCUCAUGCUCACUGGUCUUGCUGGAUCGGGGAAGACGCUCUUGGCGAGACACCUUGCUCAAAAGCUAGGCGCCCUGGACAACAUGAUCACAUUGCAUCUGAACGAGCAGAGCGAUGCAAAGCUUCUAAUCGGCAUAUACACGACUGGCGAUACACCCGGUUCGUUCGUUUGGAGACCUGGUGUUUUGACACAAGCUGUGCAGGAAGGGCGAUGGGUGUUGAUCGAGGAUCUAGAUCGGGCGCCGAAUGAAAUUAUCGGCACGCUUCUUCCGCUUAUCGAGAAGAGGGAACUCAUGAUCGCGAACAGAAAGCAGACUCUCCAUGCUGCGCCAGGCUUCCGCAUUCUGGCCACAACAAGAAGCACCAUCAAUCAUCGAGGCGAGAAAACGUCACCCCUGGCUCAUAUGCUAGGCGCCCGGCACUGGCAGAUGCUCGAAAUCAACGCGCCAGAAACAAACGAGCUUCGCGACAUCGCCAAUCAGCUGUACCCGGCGCUGGCCAUGCUGAUGCCGCAAAUGAUCACAGUCUUUGAGCGGCUACAUGCCUUCCGACAGCGUGCAAUGCUGGUCGGUCAAAGCAGAACUGGCGUUCUCCGCGCCAUCUCUCCUCGAGACUUCUUGAAGUGGUGCGGUCGUGUGGCCAGCCUGUUGCAUGAUGCAUCCUCCUUCACCAGCCAGGACGUGGACAGCAUAUUUCUAGAGGCGAUCGACAGCUUUGUCGGCGCUCUGCCUGGCAGCUCUGCACGUAACGACAUGGCGGCUGUGAUUGCUCAAGAGUUUGGAGUCGACCCACAGCGCCGCGAUUAUCUGCUCACCGACCGAGACGUGAAGUACGAUGUGAACAAAAGUGCGAUUUCCGUUGGAAGAUACAGCCUGCCUCGCUUUCAAGCGACACGGAAAACAAACAUCAACCAAGACACCUUCUCGACCAACCCACACACGUGCCGUAUGCUGGAACGAGUGGCAGCCGCCGUCCUCAACCGCGAGCCACUGCUUCUUGUUGGUGAGACUGGUGUGGGAAAGACGACAGCUGUACAGCACCUGGCAAACCAUCUAGGCAAGAAGUUGGUACCAUUCAAUCUUUCUCAGCAGAGCGAGGCAGGUGACUUGCUCGGUGGCUUCAAGCCCGUAAAUCCGCGCAGUAUCAUCAUACCGCUGAAGGACGAAUUCGACGAGCUGUUCUCGGCAGGCUUCAGUCGCAGCAAGAACCAGGAAUUCUUAGAUCUGCUGGGCAAGCAGAUGUCGAGGAGCAACUGGAAAGCUGUAUGCAAGCUUUGGCGGCAAGCUCUGAAAAUGGCCGAUGAUCAGCGCUCCGAUUCCGUGGCGCGUCAAGGCUCAGGUCCGAGCAAAAAGAGAAAGGUUGAGUCAAAGAAGACUUUGGACCUCACUCGAUGGGACGCUUUUGCUGCAAAGCUAUCCGAUCUCGAACGCCGUCUCGCUACUGGAAGCAAUGCUUUCGCCUUCAGCUUCGUAGAAGGCACUAUCGUGAAGGCCGUCAGGAACGGCGACUGGGUGCUGCUAGACGAGAUCAAUCUGGCUUCUCCGGACACUCUCGAGUCGAUCGCGGACCUGUUCGAUGCCAGCAAUCCAUCGGUUCUCCUCACGGAGUCUGGAAGCGUCGAGCGGGUCACUGCACACCCCGACUUCCGCAUCUUCGCUGCUAUGAAUCCCGCCACUGAUGUCGGCAAGAAAGAUCUACCACCCGGUGUUCGGUCGCGCUUCACUGAGCUCUACGUCGAAAGCCCUGACAAAGACAUCAAGAGUCUGCAGAGCAUCGUGCGCUCGUAUCUGCGCCAUGAAGCAGGCAGUGAUUCGGCCAUCCCGACAGACGUUAGCACUCUUUACCAGAAUAUCAUCGGCCUCGCAGAACGCAAUCAGCUCGUCGAUGGCGCUGGACAAAGGCCUCAUUUCAGUCUACGUACGCUCACCCGAACUUUGAGUUACGCGAACUAUAUUGCGCCGCUGUGCAGCUUGCGGCGAGCGCUCUACGAGGGUUUCCACAUGAGCUUUCUGACCUUCCUCGACGUUGAGUCGUGUCGCUUAGUCGAGCCGCUUCUCGAGCAGUAUAUCUUCGGCAAACGCACAAACGUCCGCGCCGAACUGUCUAGGUCACUGAGGACGCCAAGCGAUGGCUUCAAAUAUGUUCAAGGCUACCCGGGCAGCAAGCACUGGAUUCGCCAAGGCGCCUUCGCUGUUGAAGAGCAGCCGCAGUACAUCCUCACACCAUUCAUCAGAAGAAAUUUGGAGAACCUUGUCCGGGCGUCCAGCACACGACGCUUCCCGGUGUUAAUCCAAGGCCCAACCUCGAGCGGCAAGACGAGCAUGAUUGAGUAUCUGGCCAAGCGGAGUGGUCACAAGUUCGUUCGCAUCAAUAACCACGAGCAUACGGAUCUUCAAGAAUAUCUCGGAACAUACGUGUCAGGCGCUGAUGGGCGUCUGCAAUUCCAGGAAGGCGUUCUGGUUAAAGCACUUCGUGAGGGCCACUGGAUCGUUCUCGAUGAAUUGAAUCUGGCGCCAACAGACGUCCUUGAAGCGCUCAACAGACUCCUUGACGACAACAGAGAGCUACUCGUGCCAGAGACGCAGGAAGUGGUGAGACCUCACGAGAACUUCAUGCUUUUCGCUACUCAGAACCCUGCAGGACUAUAUGGCGGCCGCAAGACCCUAUCGCGAGCCUUCCGCAACCGCUUCCUCGAGCUGCACUUCGGUGACAUCCCAAUUGAUGAGCUUCAAGAGAUUCUUCAAAAACGCACGCAGCUGCCGGAGAGCAGAUGCAAGCGUGUCGUUUCAGUGUAUAGAGAGCUUUCGGUGCUUCGGCAGGAGAGCCGCAUGUUCGAGCAGCGCAGCUUUGCCACUCUGAGAGAUCUAUUCCGCUGGGCGCUGAGGCCGAACGAUACCAUCGAAAGCCUGGCAGCGAAUGGCUUCAUGCUUCUUGGCGAGCGUGUUCGGAAACCAGAAGAGCGGCAGACUCUCAAAGAGGUCAUCGAGAGGGUCAUGAGCACAAACGGGCCUCGCGUGCGUAUUGAUGAAGAUGCUUUGUACUCGGAGAGCUCUCCGGAGAUAACUCAAUACCAUCAGCGCGGUAGCGAUCAAGGCGUGGUCUGGACGAAAGCGAUGCGCAGACUCUACUGUCUUGUUUCGAGAGCCAUUCAGAACAAUGAGCCCGUCCUACUCGUCGGCGACACGGGCUGUGGCAAGACAACUGUCUGCCAGAUGUUGGCCGGUGCCUUCGGAAAGUCGUUGCACACAGUCAACGCACACCAAAACACCGAGACUGGCGACAUCAUCGGCUCGCAGCGUCCCGUUCGUAACAGAGCCGUCAUCGAAGCGAGCCUCCGCCAUCAGCUGCUGUCUUCGAGCUUGCUGCAGAGUCUGGACACAGCAGCAGCGCACUCAACCGACGCCCUGCUGGACGCUUACGGUCGCGCUGUUGCCUCGUUGGGCGCUGCUGAGAAGCAGAGUCACAUUCCAACCCAAGAGCAUGCAGAGAUCCAGCUUCAACGUACACGUCUCAAGGCACUGUUCGAAUGGGCAGAUGGCAGUUUGGUCCAAGCCAUGAAGGAAGGGUCAUUCUUUCUACUGGAUGAGAUCUCACUGGCUGAUGACUCCGUGCUCGAGCGUAUCAACAGCGUGUUGGAGUCGCAAAGGUCGAUACUCCUAGCGGAGAAGGGCAGCCUCGACUCGUAUGUCACCGCGGCUCCAGACUUCCAGUUCUUCGCCACCAUGAACCCGGGUGGCGACUACGGCAAGCGUGAGCUUUCGCCAGCGCUGCGGAACCGCUUCACCGAGAUUUGGGUACCUCCGCUUAGCGACAUCGAGGAUGUCACGCAGAUUGUCCAGCACAAGCUCACAGAGAGUGCAAAGCCAAAUACUGCAGCGAUCGUCGCUUUCGCUCAGUGGUUCAACGAGCAGUACAACACUUCAGCCAGCUCUUCAAUCUCCAUCAGAGACACUCUCGCCUGGGUCGGUUUCAUAAAUGCUUUUGCGAACGAGGACGCGGGAGCAGCUAUAGUGCACGGCGCUGCGAUGGUUUACGUCGAUACGCUUGGUGCCAAUCCUGCUGGCCUGAUGACCAUGAAUACUGCCGGCCUUGAUCACGAGCGCGCUCGCUGUAUUGAGAAGACCGGGCAGCUGCUCGGAAGUGACGCAACCGCCAUUUACUCUGCGCCGAUCGAUGUGGAGGUGAACAGCAAUGGUCUUCGCACAGGCCCUUUCAACCUCCGCAGUCACUCUAUGGAUGCGGCAUCUGGCUCAAUGUUCUCCUUCGAACCUCCGACAACCAGAGUCAACGCCAUGAGAGUCGUUCGCGCGAUGCAACUUCCGAAGCCUGUGCUACUCGAAGGAAGCCCUGGCGUUGGCAAGACUGCUCUUGUCACCGCCAUCGCCAAUGCUGUGGGGAUGCCGCUCACUCGCAUCAACCUCUCCGAGCAGACCGAUCUGCUUGACCUCUUCGGCUCUGAUGUUCCUGUUGAGGGCUCUGCCACGGGCUCCUUCGCCUGGCGGGACGCUCCAUUCCUCCGAGCCAUGAAGAAUGGCGAGUGGGUGCUUCUGGACGAGAUGAAUCUGGCUUCACAAUCAGUGCUCGAGGGCCUCAACGCCUGCUUGGACCAUCGUGGCGAGGUGUUCGUGCCAGAGCUCGGACAGACGUUUAUUCGGCAUCCAGAGUUCCGCCUGUUUGCGGCGCAGAACCCACACCACCAGGGUGGAGGUCGCAAAGGACUUCCAGCAUCCUUUGUCAAUCGCUUCACUGUCGUAUUUGCUGAUGCGUUUAGGUCCGAGGAUCUGGUUCUGAUCUCACGUCGACUCUACCCGGACAUCGAUGUAGGCGACAUCCGAAAUGCAGUCUCAUUCGUCGAGCAACUUGACCGCGAGGUCGUUCAAAGCCGAAGAAUCGGCACAAACGGCGGCCCUUGGGAAUUCAACCUUCGCGAUGUGUCUCGCUGGCUGUCGCUUGCUUCGGCAGACCAAGGCCUGCUUCGAUCUGCCACCGCUCGGGACUUUGUCGACCUGCUCUUCUCGCAGCGUUUCCGCUCAGAGACCGAUAGAGCUUUCGUAGCUGAUCUGUUUGCUCGUCACUUCGAUAGCACCGAGACACCAUCAGACUUAUUCCCAGGCAUGUCCACGCAGCUUGUGCAGAUCGGCCUUGGAAUAUUGCAAAGGAACGCCAGCUUCGCGCCACCAAAGCCACUUUCACCAUCGCCGGCUGUUGGAGCUUCCACCAAUCUGGCAACUAUUCAGUCGGUCAUGCUGUGCUUGCAGCAGAACUGGCCUGUCAUCCUAACCGGAGCGCCUGGAGUCGGCAAGACGGCGCUGAUCGAUCAGCUUGCGACUGCUGUCGGCGCGGAAGUAACGACGAUCGCCAUGAACGCUGAUUCGGAUGCCAUGGAUUUGAUCGGUGGUUUUGACCAGGCAGAUCCGCAACGCCAGCUGAUGCACAUUCGGACGCAGAUACGCACGGCCUUGAGCAUGCACCUGAAAGACAGCCUUGCCCAUCGGCACUCACCUGAGCUUGUCGCUGUGCUUGAGAGCGACGAUGAGAACGCUCUCCUAGCUGCCUUGCCAGAGUUGCAGACGCAGGGUCUGCUCAGCAUUGAACAGGUCUCCGAAAUGCAAGCCACGCUGCAGCGCGCCUCGGACAACGAUCAGACGAUUGACAAGGCGAGAUUCGAGUGGAUCGACGGCCUUCUUGUCGACGCUCUGCAGGAAGGCAAGUGGCUUGUGCUGGAGAACGCUAAUCUCUGCAAUCCUUCCGUUCUCGAUCGACUCAACUCCCUUCUCGAGCCAGGUGGCUCUCUCAUCAUCAACGAACACACCACGGAAGAUGGUGCAGCGCGCAUAGUGCGACCUCAUCCCGACUUCAGGAUAUUCCUGACGUACGAUCCGCGUUACGGAGAGCUCUCCCGGGCGAUGCGGAAUCGUGCUGUUGAGCUCCACCUGCCGAAGCAUGAUACUGACCGAACAGGUGGCCUCGCAGAAGCAUUGCACCCAGAGUCUGCUAUGGCUCGCACGCGGCGUGCCCAGUUGAUUGCUCUCGAGAAGACUUCGGACGCAUCUUCAACUGAGCUCCUCAGAACGAUGACCGAUCACAGUCAAAUGCCAGACGUGCCACUGAUACAGCGGUUCAUCGACCAGCUCAAAGCCGGUUUGUACGGUUUGCCAGGGAGCUCCGUUGGCCAGUUAGACCAGAUUUGGUCGACAGCAUCUCAUGCUGCUAUGCAAAGCGUCGCAGCUGUAUACAAGCUCUCCGCACCUGCCGUAGGUCAAGCGCAGGUGUCUGCUGACCUCGCCAACAUCCAGACGUUUCAUCCACUCAGCAACCAAGCCCUUGCACGCAACUCUCCUGCAUCGCUCUCUCGCGCUCAUUUGAUUGCGUUCGUGUUUGAAGUCUUCACGCAAGCAAGCGUCCUGUCUGCUAUGAUCGAGUCUAUUCGAUCGAACGGCGCUCAACACGCCGCUCUAAGACGACUUGAGCGUUCUUACGGCAAGCUCGCAAAACAAACGUCGGGUGGUGGCAAAUCUAGCAUCAUUCUUGAGUCCUUUUCCAAUGCUCUGCAAUCUUUGGUCGACUGGUCUCAAAGCGUCGCCUUGGCUCCGCCAGAAGUCUUACCGGUUCGCCGGAUCAUUACAGCUUUGUUCGGCAUAUGGUUCGCCCUGUUGCAAUAUCUUGGCUCAGGUGCUCUCGAUACCACGACGCUCUUCUCCUAUAUGGCGUCUUUGGCCAAGCUGUUGAAUGCAAGAGGGGCCAACGCACCCUCCGCCGUCCAGGAAAUGCUUUCUCAGAUCUGCCAAACGCCCUUGAGUAUUCUCGGCGACUCUGCUGCUGUUGAGCAAUCCAUGAGCACCGCGCUUUGGCGGUCCUUUCGCCCUGUGAUACCUACCACGAGAGCGCAGCUGGACGGCUUGUUGCACCUCGAGACCCUUGCUGACCAGUUCGAUCGCCGGUGCCGCUCAUACGAACUUUCACUUGACACAAUGGCAGAUAUGCGGAUCUCGUUCACUCGGGCACUUGUCCUUGCAGCCCUGGGACAGCAGAACAUAGCGCAACUCUCGUCAAGACUCCAGGAGGUGAUGUCAGAGUAUCCAGAGGAGACCCUGCCUCCAGAAGCCGAAGAUGGUGCACACUUUGCUUCGAAUUUCAGACAUGUGCUUGAAAAGCUCGCAUUGUUCAACCUCGGGGUGGGUGGGAGGAUGCAUGAAUCAGAACUGGCGAAGCUUGAGAUACUCGCUUCACAGAAGAUGAAUGGCGGCAUUCUCAAAACCUCCAUGCUCAGCGACCAGCCGAUCGAAACACACCUGCAGCUCCUGCAAAUCAUCGUUGAUCCGCUCAUCCAGCAGCAUUCUGACAGUACCUUCAACAUCCGUCCGCUUACAGAACAACUCCGGAGCAUGAAAGACGUCAGCCUGGGACGCAUGCGACUGCUCGGAGAAGAGGUGCAGAUCCUUGGUCGACUCGUAUCUUCACAAGCACACACUCUUAGUGUAGAUGAUGUCCGCCUGCUCGACGCUCCCAUGAGAGCGUUCGCUGUCCAACUCCAGCCUGCGCUCGCUACCGACGCUGUGAGUGUGGAUCACAGGCAACUUGUCGAUCAGCUCCUCAUACAGCCCUCUGUCCCUUCCAAUGGAGCAGGCCGUAGCCACGACGGAACCAGCAAUCUUGGAGUCCGCAAGGCGGACGACAGGAUCCACGCCGCUCUAAGCAGACUCGGACGCGCCUCUUCCUAUCUCACGCAGCUGCCGAACAUCGACAAUGCCAACAUAAAGCAAAUGGUAGAGGCUUGGGCAUCGCUUGCUGUGUCAUGCCUUGAGCUUUACACCCCUUCAACGCCCUUCGAUCCCGCUCUUGACGUGCGCUUUGAGCAGAAUGCCCAUCGCACGACCCGAGAGCAUCUAGUCAGCCAGCUGGAAGCUUUCAAGGCCUUCAGAGAUACUCUGACAGCGCAGCCCGACACCUUACGGCUGAGGAUGCUUGAAGAGGAUAUUAUUACGCUCGGUGACGGUCCUUCGUCGGGAGAUGCGUACCGACCGGCGGUUUCUCGCUUCCUGGACAUGAAGACGGAGCUGGACUCCCUCAUGCGCGUAAUUCGGCCGCUGAUCCAGUCGGUGGGACCUUUAGCAGAUCAAUUUCCACUUGACGACAGCACUAUGAUGAACAUCGUACGUGUCAGGUCACGCUUGGCAACGGAGUACAGAGAGUACGACGAUUUCGCGAGGCCGGCUGUUGGCUUCAUCGACUGGCUUCUUGUUGCUCAGACACUUGCCACGAAAUCACUGGCGUCUGACGACGCAGGGUCGCUUACGCCGUACACAGAGUCUUUGGUACCUCUCGCAGGUGCCACAUGGAAGACCUGGAGCUCAGACGACAUGUUCGUCAGCGCUGCUUCCGGCGUACGAACGCUGCGGGAUAGACUGUACUGGCUCAAUCUCGUAGCGGUCCGCUCAUCCCUGCUACCAGCCAGCAAUGCCUCACCUGAGCUUCAGAACGCCACGGAGCGGAUGUUUCACCAGAUGUACGUGCAAUGGCGGACCGAGCUUCAGCGGGGGCAAAAACAGAAUGCCGCAAAGUCCAGCCUGUACAAAUACAAAGGACUGGACGAACAGCAAGAUGAGCCGUCGUUGGAAGAGCUUGAUGAGCUGUUCCCUGGUGAUGCGACGCCUUCCGCUGCCACCUCAGCCGACUCAUCAGGUCCAAAGGCGCAAGACGAGGCGCCUGAUGUUGCGCAGCUGCAUUCAAGAUUGUUUGGAACUAACGACACUGCCGCUACCCCAUCCAUUCUGGAUGCUCCUGCUCGCUGGUUGAGGGACGCGCCAGAGCCUUCAAACUCAGGUUUCGAUCAGCACAGGCUACCUGCCCUCGUUCGCUCACUUCGAGUUCAGAAUGAUCAGCUGUCUGGCCAGGUAAGCGGACACAAACACAACAUCUACAAAGAUCCGAACCCUGCACAGGCAAAAGUGCUGGUCGGCGUUAUCAAUUUAGCCGUUGGCCGGUUCCGCAGCCUUCAUGAGACCUUCGCUGAACACGCUACGCCGGUCGAAGUUCUCCGGCAGAGCGACGAGAUACUCCAAAUUCCACACUCGACGCCGCUUGCGCAGCUACUCCCUCGCGUCGAGAAGUUACACGGCGCUGUGAACCAAUGGCAGGCAAUCGCCAGCCGCCAGUACAAUGUUCUCGACAUACUUGAACGUCUUACCAACCUAGUGGUCAGUUGGCGGCAGCUUGAGCUUUCCAGCUGGGCUGGCCUCUUUGAUAAUGAAUGGCGCCAGUCUCAGGAAGCCGCUGCCUCUUGGUGGUACAUUGCAUACGAAAACAUCAUGCUCUCGAAUGCGGAGACCGACGGGCCAGCAGAUGGACAAGCAGUGCUGCAAGAGCUGCUUCAGGCUUUGGGCGACUUCAUGGCAUCGAGCGGACUGGGCGAGUACAGUGCCCGCCUGGACAUACUGCGUGCCUUUGAAGCUCAUCUCUGGACCCGCAGUAAGUCGGACGAGCAUUUUGGAAAGCGCUACAGCGCACUCAGGAACUUCAAUGCGUUCUACUCUCGAUUCACCGCCAAGGUCGAAGAAACUCUUGCAAACGGGCGACGAGAUCUAGAGAAAGAGGUUAAGAACGUCAUCCAGGUCGCCAGCUGGAAGGAUCGCAACAUUGAUACGCUGAGACAGAGCGCACAGUCGUCGCACCGCAAGCUGCUUCGUCUUGUUCGCAAGUUCCGGACAUUGCUGGCCCAGCCGGUUGCUCAGAUCCUGACUGCGGACCUUCCAGCAGGUCCUAAAAUUGAAGCUCACCAACCCCCAGCCCAAAAGCAUAUUGAGAGUGCAGUAGUGUCCUACACUGAGGUAGAUGUACCUCAGCUUUCGGUAUGGAUCAGUCGACCACAACGGUUCCGUAACGUCGAAGCAACUGCGCGCACAAUCAACAACAAGCUGGAACAUGCUUUCCAGGAUUUUGACUUCGCCAGCCGAUUGUCUGACUUUACUACCGACCUGCAAGCAUCUAUCAAAGAGCUUCAGAAAGCCACUCCUUCUGUUCUCACAGAUGAGAACAAGGCAGUCGUCAAGAAUCUAAAGACCCGCAAGCGGAGAGUUUUGGCAGAUGUUCUACGGGACUUGCGUACAUUGGGCUUCCAAUCUACCGUCAGUGACGACGUGCUCGCUCGGCAGAGGAACACGAGCGUGGUUCUAGCAAGGCUGCCUGCAUUGCGAGCGAGCGAUGCAUUUCCGAACCUACCAUCAGUAGAGCAUGCUUUCCAUCAAUUCAUCGCCAUUGUGCCUGCGGCCCGAGAAAGCGCAAGAAAGCCUUCAGACGAUCUCACACCAGCCGAAGCCUCUCGGUGCCUUUUCUUGCUUGAAAGUGUUCUCGAGGCCAGUAUGUCGCAGCACCACGCUCUGGCCUUAGCAACAAGCCAUUUCGAGCAGAUGGCCGUGCCGUUGAAAGAGCUCCGCAACUUUGGGCAAUCCAUGGGAGUCAAUGUCGUUGCAGAGGCGUCUACUCUUGAUGAUGGACUGCCCCACGCAUCCAUGUUUACAUCAGUGCUUGGUGCUACUCGAACUAUCCUACAAGACCAGGGAACGCUGUCAGGCGUCGACUACCAGGACACUUUGCAAGAGAUUCAGGACCGUGAGUCGCAACUCUCUCAAUUGAUUGCAGAUGGCCGAGAAUCCCCAGGACUACCCGCUGGACUACAAGCAGAUCACCUCACGGACGUCUUUUCUCGAAUUGACGGCACCCUGCGAGAAGUUGUAGCCAGCGUACGUCAGGCUAUCAAGGCACACCCGGAGGUACAACCGGUCUUGUCCCACGUAGAACCGUGGGUUGACCGUCAUGAUAUGAGCACCCGGUCAACAAACGGAUACGCGACCAGCAGUGCUGGUCAUUGGGUGCAAAAGACUCUCGGAGUCCUCGACACUAUGCUCGUAGCAGUGCAGAACGCAGAGCAGAUGUCUACAGAUUCCAGGAGAGAUGAGGCUCGAAGUCACUUCCCAAAGCAACACAGCCUCUACAAAGACGUCACAGGACUUCUCCAGAUGAAAAGGCUGGCGGAAGAGCUCGCCACAUUAUCUCGUGAGCUUGCGCACCUCGAUCACGACGAGAAAGUUUCGCUCGAAAUCCUCGCUUCAAUCAUACGCACAGUCACGCCAAUAUUCGAUGCCUACCAACAGCGCAUCGUUCAUCUGCUAUCUGCAGGCUGCGAGUGGUAUGGGCAGCUCAGUCAAGCAGGCCAUGUGCUCGCGACUUCAUUCAUUCAGCUUUGCGAGCGAGGGUUCUGUACUCCCUCAGAGAAGUCGCAAGAUUCCUCUAACCAGAAAGGUGACGUAGAGGCGGGGACUGGUCUUGGUGAAGGCGAGGGCGCGGAGGACAUCAGCAAGGAUAUCGGUGAUGACGAAGACAUCUCGGAGUUGGCUCAAAGCAAAGCGGAUGAGGCGAAGUCUGAACUUGAAGAUGAGAAAGAUGCAGUCGACAUGGCAGAUGAGGAAUUCGAAGGCGAGCUUGGAGAUGGUCCAAAGAAGACGGAGGGUGAUGGUGGUGAAGGAGAAGAGGACGGCGAGGAGGCCUCUGAUAUCGAUGAAGAAGCUGCCAAUGAAGACAUAGGUCCGGAUGCCGUGGACGAGAAGAUGUGGGAUGAAGGUGGCGUCGACGGUCGGAAUGAGAAGGAUGCGGACAGUGGGAAAGGGAAGGCCGCUGAUGAGGAAAAUACCGCUGGAACGGAGCAAGAACAAGACCGUCAGACCCCUGACCAGGAUGGCGACCUGGCAGAGACUGGCGAGCCUGAAGCCGCGCCAGAGGAAGAUGCCAUCCCCGAGCACGAAGCGGCUGAUCAAUUGGACCCGCAAGCCGGUGAAGAGCAAAACCUCGAGCUGCCAGACGACCUCACGAUGGAUGGCAACAGAAACGCUGAGCCGGAUGACUCGGAUCUUGAAUCGGUGGGAACCGACGACGGGCAAGAUGGAAGACCUGACAACGAACCUGAGGAUCAAGUGGAAGAGGCGAAAGAAGACGAAGAGACCCUCGAAGGUGAGACAGACGACAUUGCGGAAGAGUCUCACUUCGCUCAAGACUCUACAGAGGAGCAAGCUCCGGAAGGUCAAGACGACGAUCAAGACACUUUGAUGCAAGAUCAGGAUCAGCCAAACACAGAGCCACAAGACGAGACUGUUGCUGGGGCUGAGGAGGGGACCGGAGGUGAGAAGGCCGAAACCUCGAAGCAACAGCCCGGAGCUACACAAGAUUCUGAGACUGCUCAAGAUGAGCCGUCAGAGACCGCCGAAGAAGCCACUGGCGCCGGAGCUGGCAGGCAACAAGGCCCCCAAGACAACAACAACGACACCACAGAAGACGCUGCUGGAAAUCAGCUGCGGUCUAGUUUCAAACGUCUUGGCGAUAUUCUAGAAGAGUGGUAUGAUCAGCACCGCGACAUAGAAGCUGCUCGGCCAUCAGAUGAGCGGAGGGAGACCGAACAGAAGGCUGGAUCUGGCUCCCGAUUCGAGCAUCUACCAGAUGAGGGUACUGAAGCUGAUGCUCAGGCUCUGGGCUCGGCUCCGAUGGAUCAGUCUGCUCCUAUCGAUCGGGACAACGCAGUAUCCAUGGACGAGGGAGAGACUGGUGCUCAAGACAUAGACCAGAUCUUCGAUGAGUCCAAGGAGGAGAUAGACCAAGACAUGCAGGAUACAGUCGAGGACAGGGCACCAGAUGGCCACGCUUCUGAGGCUGGACAAUCAACGUCUCUGGUUGGCGAACCCAAGCAAGCAGAUACAGAUGCGGUCAUGGCCGAAGAUAUGCCUGUCGAAGACAACGAUGAGGUUGAGGACGUCGACGAGCAGCUCACAAAUACCCACAUCUCGCAGGAGGAGGUCGACACCCAGAUGACUCUUGACGAUGCCCAGCAACUGUGGGCCAAGCAUGAAGACAACACCCGAAACCUCGCCUUGAUGCUCACCGAACAUCUUCGUCUGAUUCUGCACCCAACGCAGGCAACUAGGAUGCGCGGCGACUUUCGCACCGGCAAACGCCUCAACAUCAAGCGAAUCAUCCCCUACAUCGCCUCUUCGUACAAGCGAGACAAGAUCUGGAUGCGGAGAUCUGUACCCACCAAGCGCUCGUAUCAGGUCAUGCUGGCGAUUGACGACUCGAAGUCUAUGGCAGAGAACAGCUCUCAUGAACUUGCUUUCGAAACGUUGGCGCUCAUCGCUAAGAGUAUGUCAAUGCUCGAAGUUGGCGAGCUCAGCGUUGUCGGGUUUGGAGACCAGGUCAACGUGGCCCACGACUUCAGCACGCCUUUCACAACCGACGCCGGCUCUCGUAUCCUUCAGCAGUUCACUUUCUCGCAGAGUCGAACGAACGUACAGCGCCUGCUUACAGAGUCGAUCGAGCAUUUCCGCGCAGCACGGCUGAAAGCUGCAGGAUCAGCAAGCGACCUCUGGCAGCUCCAGCUCAUCAUCUCCGACGGAAUCUGCGAAGACCACCCAGCCAUCCGUCAACUCAUUCGUCAAGCCCACGAGGAGCGGAUCAUGGUCGUCUUCAUCGUUGUGGACCCAGCAGCGCUAUCAAGCAACGCCGCAAACGGGGCGAAGCAGAGCAUUCUUGACCUCCAGACCGCAGAGUUUGCCAAGGAUGCUUCUGGCGAGAUGCAACUGAAGAUGACGAAGUAUCUGGACACGUUCCCGUUCCGGUAUUAUCUGAUUGUGCGAGACGUGCAGGACUUGCCCGGGGUGCUGGCGGGAGCGUUAAGGCAGUGGUUUGCGGAGACUGUGGAUGCGAGUGGUUGA